CCUACUUCCUCCCCCCAACCCCCUCUUCUCCUCUCCCUCUCUCUUUCUUUCUUCUGUUAAAUAGGAUUCACAAUGUUGUCUAUGUCACCGCAGUCUGGUAUCAAGGGCACUUUGACAUAUCCCUCCUUACCUUCCCAGAAUCCUUGUUGCGUACCUUUCCAAACCUCCGCUUCAUUGAAGUCUAGAGCUGUUUCUCCAAUUUCACCAACCAUUCUGAGCUUCAAAAGAAAGCCCUUUAGCACAAUUCAGACGCUCCAGGCUGCGGCUACAGCAGAAGAAGUUGCAACAGAAACAGAAACUCCAGCUGAGCCUUCACCCGAACCUGCAGUACAUAAAGCCGAAACGGUGGCCAAGGGAGCACAGAAGCCAAAGCCUGAGCUGGUGUUGAAGUUCAUAUGGAUGGAAAAGAAUAUUGGUCUGGCCCUGGAUCAAAAGAUACCAGGCCAUGGAGCUGUUCCUCUCAGCCCCUACUUCUUUUGGCCGAGGAAAGAUGCAUGGGAAGAGCUUAGAGCUACUCUAGAGAGCAAGUCAUGGGUAUCCCAGAAGAAAAUGAUUAUCCUGUUAAAUCAGGCAACUGAUAUCAUCAAUUUAUGGCAGCAGAGCGGCGGCAAUUUGUCUCAAUAAUAUACUGAAAUCAGUUUUUUUUUUGGUGCAAAUUUUUACUCCAGAUAUCAAAAUUCUAUUUUGCUUUUGCAGAAUUUGGGUUGUUCUCAAUACUAUAGCUUGUUAACUGCUUGUUUAGUCCUACUCUGGAUGUUUGUGAUUUCAAACAUUUACAUAACUAGGUGCUUCUUCCU